AUGAGAGCUUGCUCCCUCCUCCCCUCCAUCCCAGAAGGCAGAGCCAUCCAUUCCCGCAUCCUCAAAGCUGGGCUUGGAGCUGAUAGAUUCAUUGCAAGUUCUGUCAUUAGCUUCUACUCUUCGUGCGGGCAGCUGGGUCCUGCCCGUCAAGUGUUCGAUGGAGUUUUUGUGAAGGAUGCAGCACUUCAAACCACCAUGCUCAAGGGUUAUGUUGAGCAUGGUGACAUUGCUAAAGCUAGGGCCUUGUUUGAUGAGAUGAACACAAGAGAUGUGAUCGCCUGGAAUGCGAUGAUAAGUGGGUACGCUCAAAGCGGGCUUCCAGAGGAUGCCCUUGAAUUGUUUCACGAGAUGCAGAUUUCUAACUUUCAGCCUAAUGAGGUGACACUUAUUGGUGCCCUUUCGGCUUGUUCACAAAUGGGUUGUCUUGCCUUAGGUGAAUGGAUACAUGGUUACAUUGAUAGGCAUUUGGAUGUUAUCCGGAGCCCGACUUUGGGUAACGCUCUUGUGCAUAUGUAUGCAAAGUGUGGUAGAUUGGAUGCGGCUUUUGAGUUGUUCCUUGGGCAAAAGCUUAGGAACUUGGAGUCAUGGAAUGCCAUGUUGACCGGUUUCGCAAUUCAUGGGCAUGGGACUUGUGCUCUUUCUCUCUUCUCCCAGAUGAUUAAGUUAGGUGCAUGGCCAGAUAGGAUUAGUUUUCUUGCAGUUUUGAUGGCUUGCAGUCAUGCGGGCAUGAUCGAUCAUGCUCGAAGAUGCCUUAAUUGCAUGACUAGAAUUUACGGCAUCGAACCAGAGGCCAAGCACUAUGGUUGUAUGGUGGAUAUUCUAUCUCGUGGAGGGCAUCUUGAAGAGGCCAGGUCACUCCUCAGUAGCAUGCCUUUUGAGCCUGAUGCUUGUGCAUGGGGUGCCUUAUUGCAUGGUUGCCUCACUUACGGCAAUUAUGAUCUUGGUCUAGAAGCUUCAGGGCAUCUUAUUGAGCUUGAACCAUGGGAAGAGGGCCGAUAUGUAGCACUAUUGAAUCUUUAUUCCAUGACUGGUAGAGUAAAAGAUGCCAUAAGGGUACGGAAGGUGAUCGAUGAGGUGGGUAUCAAGCAAUCUUCAGGAAGAAGUAUGAUCGAGGUCGAUGGUGUCGCACAUGAAUUUCUAGCAGGAGAUAGAUCACAUAGCCAAUCUAGUGAUAUAUUUUCUAUGAUUGAGAAGAUUGCUUCAAACUUAGAGCUUCUUGAUCAACUUGAUUGA